AUGCAGACGGCACUUCCCUUCCAGUCGCAAUGCCUUCACUUCCGGCACUCAUUCCUCUCGCAUCACGUCAUCAAGUCGAAAACUUUCUUCCCCAGCAACAACCUUCCGAUUAUUCCAUCGGAAGGUUCGAUCCUUAGGCGCAAACGCUUCUCAAGUAGAUCCGUUUUCUCAAGAAAGACGAAGAAGAAGGGAUCGGGGUCGCAGAGACUUGCGAGACUCGUGCUCAAAUUAGUACCCAUUAUCGCCUCGAAUCUCAAUGCGUCGCCCCGCCCGUUGCAGUUGAUAGCUGAAGAAUUGGGCGGCGGAGAUGGGAGCGGAGGAGGAUUAGGGUUCCGGGGAGGCUCUGGGUGGGGAUGGUUUGAUGGCCGGAGGCGAGGAGGGGCGCGAAAGUUAGGGUUUUGGGUGAUCUUGGUGGUGGGUGGACUGAGCUUGAUGUUUGUGAGGGAAAUGGAGAGCCUGGCAGUUUGCAGGAUUUUGGGUUUGGGCUUGUCGGCGCUUGGCCUGAUUGAGGGGUGGAGCAAGAAGAAGGGCCCGACGGUGGUUAAAAAUUGGAUUUUGGGGAUUUGUUUUCUUGGGGCUGUGUCGUUUUGGGGGCUGAGAAAGGAGGAGGUACUGCAACGGAGGAGUUGGGUUCAAGGACUGUCCAAGUCAUUGAGGAGACGGAGAAGAAGACCAGGAAAAUUUUGGUAG